CGACCCAACCGGCCCGGGUCCAACCCGGUCGGCCGCCUCAACAACCCGAUGCUAUGCCACCACCGGCGCCGGACCGGAAGAGGCGACCACCCAUGGAGCAACCCGAGGCAGGAGACGGCGCCCCGCAGCAGCGCCACAAGAAAUCCUCCGCCGCCAAGAAGGCGAAGAAGGGCGGCGCCACCGGCAGCGGCAGCGGCGGGGCAUGGCCGGCGGUAAAGCCCAAGAAGGACCUCCUGGUCAAUCGCCUCAAGGGCACCCAGCUCCUCACCGUCCCUGACUUCCUCACUUCCGCUGAGGCGAAGGCUUUCGUCGACGUCGCUGAAUCCAUGGGCUUCACGCACCAGGGCAGCCUUGGGCCACUCAAGGGGGAGGCUUACAGAGACAAUGACCGGAUAUCUGUCACGGACCCCUUGCUCGCUCAAACGCUCUGGGAAUCAGGGAUUAACAGGGUAUUCAUGGACAUCAACAUCUCCGGCAAAGUGGCAACUGGCUUGAACCCAAAUAUCAGACUUUACAGGUACGUUGAAGGUCAGCGCUUCGGCAGGCAUAUCGAUGAGAGCGUCAACCUUGGGGACGGUUCUAGGACGCAGUAUACAUUGCUGGUAUACCUUUCUGGCAAGGGAAGCGCGAAAGAUUCGCAGGCUCUUGUUGGAGGGGAGACUGUCUUUUAUGAUCACCGAGGAGGAAUCGUUGCUGAGGUUGCUCCCGUGCAAGGAAUGGCUCUACUCCAUCUACAUGGCGCCAGGUGCAUGCUGCAUGAAGCUCGCGUCGUGAAAAAGAACGUCAAGUACGUGCUCCGUUCAGACGUCGUGUUUGCUUAGCUGAAUUUCUUCGAAGCCAGUUUCAGACCAAGGGCCAAUGGGUUUAGCUUUUUGUGAUAUGUGUGAAAAACAGAAGCCCCAGAGGUAAAAUCGAGAAGUAGUUGUUGCAACAUUGGAAAUGCCGGCCUGCCUAAUCAAAAAUUGUGUUCCAUCAUGCACCGCUGUAUAAGAGUUUUGUAACUGCUGUAAUGCUGGAAAUGCUCAAAAACAUUCUACCGUUUGUCAUCAUGGAUAUGUUUUACUCUA